AUGACAAAGAUAGCGACCACUAGCGUCGACCCUAUCACUGGCAAGGAGCACGUCUGGCAAAUCUGCACCAUACCCCAGGGAUGGUGCUGGUCAAGUAUUCUCUUCCAUACCUGUGUACAUUGGCUUGUACACAACCCCAUCAAAGAAGCUCUCGCAAAAGCUAACUGCCCGUGCUCUGUCCUAUUCGUGCAAGAUGACAUCCUGCUAGGUUGUCCUACCAAAGCUGAUUCUAUGAAGGCUCUUUCUAUCGUCACCAGUGUCCUACAAGACUAUUGCUUUGCUGUUAACCCCCUGAAGACUGUCGGCCCGGCAUCGGUAACUCCCUUUUGCGGUCUGGUCAUCGAGUCAGGUGGACGCUAUCGUCCGCAUCCAUCGCGGAGGGUACUCACUGAGGCAUCCUUCGAUCUCGCAUGGGACGAGUUUAUCAACGGAACCUUCAAGGCCAAGCGUAAGCGAGGAGCUCCUAAAGUUGCCGCAGCUGCCUCGAACCUCAAAAUCUCGUCUCGGGUAUCAGGGCUCAAAUCAUGGUGUGGUACAUUCAACUACUUCCUUGGUCACCUUGCGAAGCAGCAGCUUGACGCUCUGCAUGCUCUCACUGACGUGUCCAAGCGACUCCAAGAUCCUGCUAUUACCGACGAGGAGGUGGAAGCUCAGAGUACCCUUGUACACGCGGCUUUCAAGUCACUGUUCGACUAUUAUCUCAGUGGUAUACCGGCUCUAUAUGCCGCUCGAGACGGUCAAGCCAUCGGCACCAUUGUCCUUAGUGAUGCCACUGCCAUGGGUGGUCUGCUAUCAUCUUAA